GUGCUGUACUGUUUCUUAGAAUUUUCCAGCAACUUCGAUGGGAGGAAUUUUGUUUGAGCUUGUGGGCCCAAUUCAUAUCAGUCGCGACCCUGGGACUAUCCCACGUCCUGCGGCGAGCUUGCAGCGCUGCUGCGCCUCGGAUACGCGGACAAGUCACUACUUGGGACUAUUUACACCCCUAAAAGGGAAACACACAGAUGAAGUUGCUAAAUCCAAGCAAUCAAUUGUCUCCACAAAAACAAAGAAGGAAAUUCAAUUUCAGAAACUUCAGAGAUUGCCAGAUGGGUGCCAUCCUGAUUUUGAUAAUGAUCAUCUGUGUUCUGUAAAUAAUCAUGACCUGCUUCCUGAAAUAAGUACUCCAAGUGUUGACCUUCAUCUACUUCCUGAGACAGGAGUGGAAAACAUGAGGACACCUAAAAGUCUUCACGCCGAACUUAAGCAUGAGCUGUUAAAGCUAAAUACGGUGUUAAAGCUACCAGAUAAUGUACUCUUUCUGGCCAACCAGUUCCUUGAAUAUCUUUUAAAUAAUCAUUUAGUUGUGCGGGAGCCACGGAGCAUACUGCAUGCGUUCAACAUAGCCUUGUGUUGGCGUGCUGCUUCUUUUCUGAAAUACACUGAGUUGAAUCGUCGAGAAUCACUUGCCCUUGCUUCAGAUGGAUUGAAUUAUGAAUGCAAUGAGGCUCCAUCAUAGGCAGGCUUAUAGGUUCGUAGUAUCGUUAGGACGGGCAUCUUACUAUAACAAUAUAAGACACAUUUUGUAUAUAUAACACAUGUGCAUAUAUAAGUUAUCGAGAUAUUAUAUGUCUCUGUUGCAACGCACGGGCACUGAUCUAUAAAAGUAUAACAUACAUUUGUAC